AAUUACAAAGGUUACAGUUGGCAUUGCCAUAUGCUAUACAAAUCGGAGGCGCUCCUAGAUAUAGAUCUCCACUUAUUUCCCUCUCUUUCUUCCAACUCUUCGCAACAAUUUGCAUAUUUGCUUGUCUUUCAGAUAAUUUACUAGGAUUUCUGCGGCUGCUAUGGGGACUGUUGUGGAUGCUGCAAACAAGGAAGCAAAUGGAAGAGCAUCAAUCAACAAGAAGGUGACCGUAGUGUUUGUUUUGGGUGGCCCAGGCAGUGGUAAGGGCACGCAGUGUGCAAACAUCGUCGAACAUUUUGGUUAUACUCACCUGAGUGCAGGUGAUCUUCUCCGAGCAGAGAUUAAAUCUGGUUCUGAGAAUGGGACCAUGAUUCAAAACAUGAUCAAGGAGGGAAAAAUUGUACCUUCAGAGGUCACAAUCAAGCUUCUUAAACGAGCAAUAGAGGAAAACGGAAAUGACAAGUUUCUUAUUGAUGGUUUCCCACGUAAUGAGGAGAAUCGUGCAGCAUUUGAGUCUGUAACAGGCGUUCAGCCAGAAUUUGUACUUUUCUUCGACUGCUCAGAGGAAGAAAUGGAAAAACGCUUGCUGGGUAGAAACCAGGGUAGGGAGGAUGAUAAUAUUGAGACAAUCAGGAAGAGAUUUAAGGUCUACCUGGAAUCUAGUCUCCCAGUUAUUGAAUAUUACAGUGCAAAAGGAAAGGUUAAGAAGAUUGAUGCCACAAGACCAGUUGGAGAAGUUUUUGAGGCCGUCAAAGCAAUUUUCAUGACGGUUGUUGCUUAAAUUUGCGACUUCACUCAUCAUUUUGCACCAGGUAUCAGUGUAGGCACUGGAUUUCUUCCCCUGAGGUGGAGGAGGGUUUACAUUUUUACUUUUAUUUCGAUUGUAAUGUAGUGAGGUUUUCUUGCCUCUAUAUUGUUUUACCAUAGUGUCUCAACGAUGUUAUUGCCUCUAUAUAUGCUCAUAUAUAUCUAAUAUACGAACGACUGAAUUCUUCUA